UCGAGGGGUCUUCGAGACCACAUAGGAGUAAAGAAGUUAAUAACUGGUGUUUUUCAUGUAAUCACAAAGUUAAUCACUGUGCUGUCCUGAUCAAAAGUUCAUUGACCGAUGGCAGCAUUUAUUGCGGUACAUAGCAAGGCGAUCUGUUGACAUUCAGUAAGAGUAGUGGAGUUUUUGAAGGAAGGGGCUACUGUAGUCUUUACUUCUGCUUCGAUCGGAUGUGACUUACUGUAUCACAGUCUUUUGUUAGGAGUUGCGUCUUCUGCUGCGACUGACUUGAGUAGGCUAUCUUACCAUUGCGCCACCAGGAAAAGGGACUGGGAUCAUUGCGGAAUAUUGCUGAAGAAGUUUGGCGAUUUCUUCUCCGGUGCAAAUAGUUUGACAAAAACUUCACGCGUUACCCCGCGGACAGAGACGGCUGCUUCGGCCACUAAAGGCAUUGGACACCGGAUUUGUGAGAAGGCCUAUGGACAACGAGUCUCAGUACUCCGGCUACUCACACAGGUCGUCCCAUUCACACAGCUCCCGCAAGCACAGGGAUCGGAGGGACAGGCACCAGAGAUCGAAGAGCAGAGAGAGCAACCGGGGACACAGGGGGCAGAAUGGGCAGAGCCAGAGCGCCCCGCUACUGGACGACCACUGGGCCGACAAUGUCACAAUCGUCACGGCGACAUCGGAGCGCAGCAUGUCGCGUGACGAUGACCACCAGAGCGCAAUGGGGGCCGGCGAGGACAUCGAGGAGCUACAGGCCACGGCCCCUGGCAACAAGAACCGUCGCCUGGCAACCUGCUGCCGCGUGUUGCUGGGCUGUGCCCUGGGCCUGCCCCCCCUUCUCACGCCGCUCAUCUUCGUCCUGCUGCCCCGCCUGCUGGCGCUCGGUCAACUAGAGGGAGGUGGAGGUGAAGAUGGAGGUGGAGGGACGGACCCGGUCCCCCAGCCCUCGUCACAGCCCCCUCCGCCCCCUGAGGAGGGCCUCUGUGCGCAGCUCUGUGAUGGGGCCCACCUGGCCCUGGCUGUGAAGCUGCUGCUGCUGCUCCCCGCCACCUGGGCGCUGUUCCUCCGCUCCCCUCUGGGGGGCGCCAGGCUGCCGCGCCUCUCCCGGGCCCCGUGGCUCCUGCGGCUGGCCGUGCUGGCCUGCACCGGCAGCCACUGGGCCAUCUACGCCACCAGGGGCAUGUGGAGGCCGGAGGCCGACCCGCAAAGCAUCGUGGGAUUGGCGACGGCGUGCACGGACGCGCUGCUCUGGCUGCAGUACGCCGGCCUGCUGCUACUCCAGGUGUCCACAUUCAGCCAGCAGCGAGCGUUCUGCCUCAAGGUCACGCGCAACACGGAUGGAGAGAGCCGCAGCUACAACGUUGGACACCUCAGUAUUCAGAGAGCAGCGCUGUGGGUGCUGGAGCAUUACUACCGUGACUUCCCCAUCCACAACCCCAACCUGCCCAACCUCCCCAAAGCCAUCCUCUCACGCAAGAUGACCGGCUUCAAGCUCUACUCGCUAGAGGAAGAGAGCAGCAGCAUGGGGAACUGUGUGAGCCCUCCUCCAGCCCUCAUGGCGUCGGCUCAGUGGAGACGCAACUGCCACAGCGAGCUCUACUACGAACAGGCCGACUACGAGCGGCGCGUACGCAAACGCAAGGCCAGGCUGGUGGUGGCAGUAGAGCGAGCGUUCUCCCAGGUGCGGCGCGUGGAGGAGAGCGAGGUGCCGGCUGGAGGUGUUGGAUCUUCCCCGAGGCGUCAGCCGCAGCAGCAGGGGGCGCUAGAUCCGCGUGAGGCGGCCCAGGCCAUCUUCGCCCCCAUGGCCCACGCGCUGCAGAAGUACCUGCGGACCACGCGGCAGCACCACUGCCACAACAUGGAGGCCAUACUCAACCACCUGCAGUUCUGCCUCACGCACAACCUCACGCCACAGGCUUUCCUGGAGCGCUACCUGAGCCCCGGCCCCACGCUGCAGUACCAGUCGGACACCAGCAGGAGGCAGGAGAGCGCCUGGACGCUGCAGAGCGAGCUCUCCGUCACCCGGGGGCUCCACGCGGGAGUCGUCUUCUCCCUGCACCGGCCGCAGUUCACCCUGGUCGUCACGGUGACGCCCCUCCCCUUCCUCCAGCUGAGGGAGGAGUUUGUCAGCCCCAAGAGCCACCGCUUCACGCUCAGGCUGCAGUCGGAGACCUCGGUCUGAGCAGACUGGCGUAUGGACAGAGGCGCAUCUUGCCACCAGGCAAGGCAGGCAGCCGCUUGGGGCCCCCAAGCCCCUAGAUAGUGGAUAACAGCCCACACUUUACCACAGUAGUGGCGAUUUUGGUUCAAAUGUUCAUUAUUUUGCAUUUUCGCUUGGGGCCCCACCUGACCCUAGAAUCGCCUCUGCGUAUGGAGAGAAUGGCCACAUUCCCAUUGACUCUCCUUGUAUGAAAUGUGUGGCGGACAAAAAUUGUCCAUAUAUGGGCUGAUCUCCCCGUUUUAUGGAGCCUGACCAAAGUUCCAAAGACAAUCACUCAGCAACAGAGGCGUUGAUUCAUCUUGACGUUCUUUGGACAUUUAACUGUAAAAUAUGGUUUGCUCUGAACUUUUUAGGCUCGCAUGAAAUCACAUGACCACAUUCGUGAUGAGAUCAAAGCAUGUGGCAUUUCUCUCUCUCUCUCUCUACGGCUCUCGGUGUGAAGAUCCACCGCAUCACGCUGAUGGUGUGUUCCAAAUCUAAUCCAAACUAGUGGAACAUGGUACUCCCACCACGAAACCUGCACUAGAACGCCAGUCUAACCUUCUACUAGGCAAACUCAGAUGGGAACUUUAUGAAUCCCUACCUCCAAUAAUGAAGUUGGAAGAUAAUGGUGGGACCAUGCUUUAAAAAUGGCAAUAAAUAAGCUAUAAACGUCAUUACUCUGCGUACAUGCAGUUGCUUUAAAGACAUCAGGUUUAACGCAACAUCUUCAUGUUAUUGAGGAGAGAGAGAGAGCGAGAGAGAGAGAGGGAGAGAGAGAGAGAGCGCUCUGGAGGGUGAAGAGGGCAGGCAGACAAGGGAGAGGCAGAGGAAGAGUACAGGAGGAAUACAAUAUAACACCUGCAGAGGGAGGGGUGAGUGCAGUGAGACUAGUCUUUCUCAACGGGGGCGGUACAGCCCCCCAGGGGGUGUAUGGGAUCCCUAGGGCGGAGCGUUGUGAAGAAUACAGCUCAGAGGGGGUGGUGCUUAGUUGCCAUUGGGGGACAUUAGUCUAUUUAAAAAAUAAAAAAAGCCAGGAAUUGGCAGGCUUAAGAUGAGGUUCGGGGGGCGUUGGGAGGCUAAUGAUGAGAUCAAGGGGCUACUUGUUCAAAAAAACGUUGAGAACCGCUGGGCUAGAGAGCAGAGGAGAACGAGGACACUGGGCUGGAGUAGUCAUGGCGGGACAGAGAAGGAAGUGGUCCUCCUCUUCUGCUUAAAGCAAUGGUUCGGAGCAGAUUCACCCUAAUACCAUUUGAACCGUGACAUCCAUCCAGUAGUACACCCGAAGUGUUUUCUGGCUUGGGCGAACAUUAGCAGAGUUAACCAAGUUAUUCUAUGGUUAUGGCCUGAGCCUUUUUGAAGGAGCCUGUUCACUCCAAUUGGCACCCGUUGUUGCAGCAUAAAAAGUUGCAGUUCCACCAAGAUGGAAUCGAACUGCGUAGCAGUACCACCUGGAAGACUUCAGAGAGUGCCACUUCUCCCUUGUAAACCUCAGAGCUCUUACCAAUGGACCCACGCGAGAUCAGUUCCUUAACCUGCGCUCAGUCCACGCUCCACAGUGUCUGACCAGGACAUCAUCACGUGGACAUCAUGCAGUUAUACAACUACUAAAAUCAAACUACACAUCUCUAUGCAAUUUAUAGCUGAGCAUCAUCCUGCUGUAACUGAGCAGCGCUGCCCAUGUGGACAUCGUGCAGCUCAGUGGUAUGGUGCCGUGCUGUGCUGUGCUGUGCCUCCCGUGCCCCAACUGGAGCGUUGACCGGCGGGUCAUGGGUUCGAGCCCCGAGUGGCAAACAGGCACAGAGGACCUCAGUUUCAGUUAUACAACUACUAAACAAGUAAUUAAACUCUCUAAAAUGUCUAUGCAGUAUCUGACCUGUUCAUAUGAUGUGGAAAACGUGCAGUAACGGUGGCCAUCAUGCAGUAUCUAACCAGGGGGUUGUUUCUCGACAGUGCCUUUGCUAACGACUUUAGCCAUUUUGUUCGUUCUUAAGACCAACGUUGUAACCAAGGUCUUGAGUUGGUCUUAAGUUGUUCUUAAGUUGUUCUUAAGUUG